CUACACAGCACACUUCAAAAUGUUUCGCAUUUCUAGGAUUUAUAGCGCCACACGCCAAUUCACAGCAGUCCCAUACUCGGACGUUCAUACAACAGCCAUUAAAUUUGAUACACAGAAAUCUGAAAAGACUAUUAAUCAAGUCACACUUCUCGGAAGAGUAGGCGCCGAUCCUCAAAAAAGAGGAACAGAUGAGCGCCCCGUUGUGAAUUUUUCACUUGCAACACAUUUCAAUUACAAAUAUGAAUCAGGUGAUAUGUUGCACAGAACAGAUUGGCACAGAGUGAGCGUAUUUAGGCCUGGUCUAAGGGAUACUGUAUAUAAAUAUCUCAAGAAAGGGCAAAGGGUUUAUGUCAUGGGAAAGUUAUCCUACGGAGAGGUUAAAACUGAGGAUGGACAAAUCCGAACAGCUUCAACAGUCAUUGCCGAUGACAUUAUCUUCUUCCAGAGCCAAGUUGCAGAUGCUGAAUCAUAGGUUCUGGUGACAGUUCCUUAUAUUAAUUAAGUAUACUAAGCUGUAGUGAUAUUG